AUGUGGACACUGUUGCUGGCGCUGCUGCUGGCGGCUGCCGCUGCCCUCGUGACAUACGGCGAUGCGCUGCUGACGCUGCUGCUGCGCCGGUACGCGGCUUCAGUCGCCGGUCCCAAGGUCACUGUCGCCUGGUCCCUCCUGCACGGCUCACUGGAACUGCGCGAUCUGGAGCUGGACCAGGAGACGCUGCCCGAUCUCGAGCCAUUGGCGGGGCUUCCGUUUGGCGUUGAGCGCGUGGAGAUGCAGCAGAUGCGACUAGUCGUGCCGCUAUGGGGAUGUCUGGUGCGUCUCGCAAGCGGCCGCCACCCUCUGGAGUCCAGACUUGUAAUUGGCGGGCUGCGUUUUUUCCUGACACUCGAUGCUGCCGAGAAGUGGAUGUGGCAACGCGAUGAGAACGUGGCGCGCCGCAAAGAGGCAGUGAAGCUAGCGGCCGAGACGCGAGUGGCACGUGUGAACGCGUGGACAAGCACUGUGGUGCAGAAACUCAAAGACCUUGGAAUUCUGCGGGAGAGAAUACGCCAGGCGCAGAAGACAAAGUCGGACAAGGCUGGGGACGAGGUGCCGCUCAAGCCUGCGUUCUGGCAUUUGUGGGUGGACGAACUGCUAGACUCGUUCGAGUUUGCGCUGCAAUCGUUCUCGAUCGUGGUACGUGAUGAGCACUCCGGAUCUAUCGUAGGUGUGGCGCUGGAACGGUUCGAGAUAUGCCGUAGCAGCGGCUGCGAAGAUGGUCGACGCAAGCGCGCGGUUCGUCUGGUAAACUAUGAAAUGUUUCUGAACCCGAAACAGCUAAGUGGUGGUGAUGCCUGCUAUCUGAUUACCCCACUUACUAUGGAGGUCGGGGUUUUCAUGCCCUUUAUCUUCCAGUCGCUCAUGAUGAGACGAGACACAGGCACACGCGCGUUUGAGCUUGAAAUCUCGUUUGCACAUGGACAGGAGUUCGGAAUUGAGCUGCGACCUGCACAGGCUGGAUUGUUGCUCAGACUGCUGAAGCCGAUCAACUACUACUACGACUGGCGAACGGCAGCCUCUAUUGAGGAUGACCUGACAUGCGUGCAGCUCACUCCGACCGAGUCGGAAGAGUACAUGUUGCUCUUUAGUCAACAGUGGAAGUUUGACAACGACACGGGCUUUGUGGCCCGCUUAUACGAGGGCUUUAAGCAAAGAGGGGUUAUUGCCAAGCGGAGUGCCCGGCUAGAUGAAUUGGAACUGAAAGUGCUUGCUUCGCGCCUGCUCUAUUUGCGUGCAUUGGCACUCGGCUUGGAAGUUCCGAAUGCCGGAAAGCCUCUGCCAUACACAAGCGAGGAAGAUGUGGAGAAGGGAAAUUUGCGCAGGUUUGUGGAUAAUCCGGUGAAUUAUUACGUGAGCGAAGCGCAGGUGCCAGAAACACCCCCGAUGUUCGACGUCUUCCGACUAUCGUUUGGGGUCAAGGAGAUGAAUGUGAGAAUGAUUGAGGACACCGAAGAUAAGCUUAUGACAUUUUUCGUGCACGACGUGAGUUUCGAAUUGAUUUGUCAGAUAAAAAAGGUCGCAGACAACGACACUGCCGUUGAAAUUGCGUUGGACGUAGUGCGCUUCGGGCUGCUCGACAAUCGCGGCGCGUCAACCAACGUGUUCAGUCAGCUCAUGGAUCGUAAUCCUGAAGCCGAGGAUAUGAUGUCACUCGUAGUCACGCAGCGCGGGGAUGGUUACAUGGACAUCGGAGUCGCUCUCAAGCACUUCUCGUUGUUGCUUGUGUUUGACCCACUAUUGUGCACGAUGCAUAAGUACCUGCCUGCGAUUAGCGAAGACGAGAAAGAGCAGAUGCGCUUUCUCGCAUGCGAGAUGGCAGACAGUAUGGAUUCUCCAGAGCAGCAAGAGGCCACACGAUACAUCUAUGUGGAAGACUUACCAAAACCAUAUUCGCCUUUGCUGAUCGGUGGAAUGUCGCUAGGUUGUCGCGUCAUAUUGCAGGGCUGCGAAUUUUGUCUGAUUGGGGAUUCGAAGACCUUGAAGUCUUCUGUAUUGGCUUUUACUGCGGACACUAAGCUUCGAAUUGUGAGCUCAGAGCGCUCGGAGGCCGUAGAGCUAGAGCUGGUCGACGUUGCAUUGACGCCGUGCAAAAUCGUUCUGCGCGAUGACGGUAUUGAACUCGAUGUUGGCGAGCUACGAUCGAUUCUGGAACUUGAAGGUGAUGGCGUCGAUUUCUCCAUGGGGUACAGACUUUCAGUUGGUUUGCCUGGAGAAUCGUCGGAGUCUAGAAUUGUGGCCUCUGAUGGGACUGGAAAGUCAGCAGCAAAUUUGUGGAAUGUCGCCAAGAAAGCUGCCGCGAAACAACAAAUUGUUGAGGUCGACCAUCCCGAGAUUGAAGAUGUCAAAACGCGAUCGUUGGUUGCCCACCGUCAAGACCGCGUAGAAGCUGGUGCACGCCGCAAGCUGACGAUGCAAAUGUCUGAUUUUGGGAUGAACCUGUCUGCAAAUGAUCUGGGCGUGCUUUUGAGCAUUUUAGCAUCGCUGAAUGAAUCUGUGCAAGAAGACAUUGAAGUAACUCAGAAGCGCAAAGAAUGCGAAGCGCGCAUGGAGGCAGCAAGGCGUCGGAUUGAAGAGAAGCGCUACACGGACCGGCUGAAAGCUGAAUUUAAAUUGCGCGAUAUCGAUGGCGGGGGCUCGCUGGAUGUAGCGGAAAUCGGGGACUUGCUGCGUGGUGCGACCGACUGCGAAGAUCUGACUAAGUCUGAGUUCGACGCGACUGUUGCAGAGUUUGUAAGCAUGGUGGAUCGUGAUGGAAGCGGCGAUGUAUCUUUGGAAGAGUUUGAAAGAGCACUUAGCCGAAGCAGGAUCUUGUAUACACGCCUGCACCGCAAGGUAGUUGCUCUUACUGGUCAGGAGUAUGUUGACCCAGAAAUGCAGCGGAACAAAGUGCCAUAUCUGACUGGCGAUAAUGCGAACACCCUUGCCAACGCAGCAGCUCUAGCUUCUUUUUGGGAAAGAUACGAAGAAGAGAUCGGCGCGUCGAAGACGUCACUGAAUGGUCAAAAGCCUGUCAUUGUUCAGAAAAAAAUGGUCCGUGCGUUCAAGAAUUUCGAGUACGCCCAGGAAGCAUGGAAUCGGAUCGUGAAUCCGUCGUUGGUAAGACCUGGUGAGCAGAGCCGUUGGUUGCUGAGUAAAGAGAUGAACAUGGGUGGUCGAGGAGAUUUGGUCGACCAGUUGCUGUCGAGUCUAAAGGACAGCGGCCGCGAUCAGGCUUCCAUGAACCCAGGUUCUGGUGUUGCGCAGCAUAUUUUUGUCCAAACCGUUGUUUCCACAUCAUUUGGCGGAUUUUACUUACGACUGAUCGACGAAAUGCUGCCAAUGGGACUUCCAGCGAUCGAGAUUUCUUUGGAGGAACUGGGAAUGUACGCAAACUUCUCCGUUUGGGAGGGAGGAUCGCAGAGCACUACUACUACUAAUCUGCAAGCGCGAAAGCGGUCCACAGAUAGUUUCGGAGUUGCAAAAAUCAGUUUUGACGUAUAUGGCAACUACUACAACACGAAGGCUCGCCAGAUUGAACCUUUUAUCGAGUUUUAUCAAGGCAUCUUGGAUAUCAGGAAAGAGCCAAAAUGUCCACUGGAAGUCAUUUACUCGUCCGACCGCUAUUUCCAGUUGAACGUCACGUCCGCGUUUAUGGAAGCGGUGAAUACGAACAUGGCUGCGUUUUCCAACGUCGAGCAUCGGGCGGAAGCUGAGCGUCCUCACGUGAAAGAACUUGGUGGCAUUUUCUGGAUGCUGAAUGAAAGUGGUGUGAACAUCAAAUACUACAUGGUAGCAAGGAAGCGGUCGAAAGAGAAUGUGCAGGAAGAAAUCGUGACUGCGGUAACUGCCGUUUCUCCCACUGAAGCGCACGCAUGUAUACUGCUGGAUAAUGGUGAAGCUGAAGAGUACGAGCAACAGAGUUUGAAGGAAAAGCAGUUGCGGCAAGCCUUUCGAGAUGCUGAUGAGGAUGGAAGUGGAGAGUUGGACACGGAAGAGGUACGCGCAGUCCUUCGAAGUGUGUACGAGGAAGAGGAUAAACAACGAAAGUCGUCAGGCACGAAGAAAUCGUCUAUGCAUAAGCGCAGUAGCAGCGUUCUGAAUAAUGAUGCUGAUUUCGCUCGGGCCGUGGAAGACUUCAUCGCGUUGGCAGAUACGGACAAUUCUGGACAAGUUUCUUGGGAAGAAUUCAAGAUUGCGAUUUCGAAGUCGCGGGCAACGGUUGAUCGUUACGUUUCAUUGGAAAUUGAAGGAUACCGAGCGAUUCACGGCGUGCCUUUGAUGUCGAUAGGCCAGACUCAAGUGUACGAGCUGACUCCUCUAUUCGAAGACAUUGAAUCCGAGACGUCCAUCGCAGAUUUGUACGACAAGGGGGUGGCCUUGCUGACUCGGAUAGAGGAGCCGACGCGUCACGAUCUACAGAAGGCGUACGCCUGUAUGCAUCGCGUAAAGGAACUGAAUCCAAACUAUGAGUGGAUUGACUCUUACUACGGCGACUGUAUGCGGCAGUACCUCCCUGUAUUGGCCGCUGUCCACAUCUCUGUUGAUGGGUUUUAUGGGCUACAAGUGAAGGUCUCCGGAGCCGAAUAUGUUCGCAAUGGAACUGCUAAGGAUACGGAGCUGCUGAUGUAUGAUGAUCGUGGGCAGAUCGCGCCGUGCAACCCAGAACAGCGCAACGGAAAGGGGCGUUAUUUCACGCUAUCCGCUUUCGGUACAAUCAGCAUUCCUUUGAAUUUGGUUGGCGUCGGCACUUUUGCUAUUCGGCAAAUUGGUGAGACCGAGUGGAGUGAUACGCUGUGUUUGUCCGUCGCGGAGCAGCGGCUAUACAAACGGAUGACAAGAUUUGAGCAGCUCGAGGUUCAGAAAGCGUUGCGCGGAGAAGCUACUAGCUCUGUCGCUUCAGCUAAACGCGCGAAGGAAAAGUUGGGUACAAAUGCUGCUCUCCCGAAUCCGAACGAGAUUGCACCCACCGGAAAAGAAGUUGUAUACCCAUCAUCACAAUCCAUCGACAACCAGCCCACGGUUGUUAUUGAGAAAACAUCUGCCAAUGAUGCUAGGCUAAGUACGUGGUCAUUGACAAUUCAGCCGCAGUUGGUGCUUCACAACGUUCUUCCGUGCGGCGUCGAAUACAUGGUUGUUCAGCCUGACGAUUGUCCGCCCAGCACACUCACCAGUAAGGGGGAAUUUCGUAUUGUAGACAAUACCGGGAAGGAAAGGAAGUCCCGAGCUGUGAAAACACUGGGUCAGAUCGACUACUUCAGCUAUGUCAAUGAAGUAAACAGCCGCAAGAUGUAUGUUGAAAGUGGCAAGGCAGUCCAAGUGUUCGGUUUGAACUUGUGCAAACCAGCAUUGAUGGCGAUGCGUCUUUGUGCGAGUGAGACUAACCGAGCUCCAGUAUGGAGUGCACCAUUUUUGGUGCACCUUGAAGCGUCGCGCAAGUCGUUCAAUACCGACGCGUUCGAGUUGAUAUUUGAUGACGGCCCGAGUUUCGUUGUCCACCCUCAGUGGGAAGAAAAUGGUGCCCGCACAGUAUUUUUUUACUCGCCCUACUGGAUACAAAAUCGAAGUGGUUUAGACCUACGCCUGAAGUUGUCUCGUGGUCGAGCAUGUACCGCUGAAGAGCAUCGUGCUUUCUUUCCUGAGGCUAAGGAAAUCCCGCUACUGGUCACUGCUCCACCCGAGAAGGCUUCGAUUUGCUUUCGUCCAUUCCAAGAGACGCCACGCAUUUAUGAAGGCGAGUCGCUUGUGUCUGGAACCACGAAAAAGUACUUGCCGGAUUUUAGUAAGUUGGGGUGGUCAGGGACCGAAGACAUGGCCGCUGUAAGCAAGAAAGGAGAACUGCGCGCAAGUGGAACGGGGAACUACUCCUUCGUGCUUGCAUUUGAAGUCCGCGCCGCUCCAGCCCAAUUUUUUCGAUCGAAAAUAUUCGUGGUUUCGCCACGAUUCGUGUUUUUGAAUCACGUGCCGCGUCCACUGCAGAUAGCUCCGAUUUUACUUGACAAAAAAGGCAACUGUAAGAGGUACAGUUAUGACCAGGGUAAGUGUACCGUGAAAGAAGGUGAGGCCGUUGUGGUGUAUCACAUGAAUGGACCUGAGAAGUACGUGGCAAGUCUGCGUGUGCGUGACAUGCCGACGGAUAAUCAAGACGUGGGCGAGUGGAGCGCGAGUAUGCCAUUGUUCAAGCGUUCGUCGAAGUUAAGUGACCCGAAUGUGGCGUACAACGUGUCAGAGGAAGCAACGUUUUGGACGCGUGGUAGUUUGGGCGAUGGGCCUGUUUGUAGCAUGAAAGUGCACGAAGUGGCUGAGACAAUCUUUGCAACAAUAAGCGAUAUUUCGGCCGAUCCGAACUAUCGUAUUGAGAAUCGCUCAACGCGCUACUCGUUCCGGUACGUACAGCAUGGCGUGAAGACCGCCGAAGAGAUUGUUCUGGGCCCUUUGGAGAGCCACUCGUUUGCGUGGGAGGAUCCAAAGGCAGAUUUGAAUCUGCGUAUCACGGCGACGCACUGGAAGGUUCCGACUGUGGUCGAUUUUAUCCAGAUUGGUGAGAUAAAAAGUGCGCCCCGGGGCCUCCACGGUGAGGUGUACAUCGACGGCUCCACGCGGGUGCUUUCGAUGGGUGACACCAAAACCUUUUAUGAUGUUCGGCAGCGUGCAACCGUCAGCGAUUGGCUCAGUAACACGGUGAUUGAUGUUUCGAUGCACGGAGUUGGGAUCACAUUGGUGGACGAACAACCGCAGGAGAUUUCGAACGUUACCAUGGAAACCAUUCGGUUCGACUCAAAAGCAGGGUCUCGCCGCGUGACUUUGAUGGUUCACCACGUUCAAUUCGACGACAUGACGCCACAUUCCGCGUACCCCGUCGUAUUCGCUCCUUUGGAUAGUGGUUUCAAUAGUGACAAGCGUGAGGGGUGGCUUCCAGGAGAUAGCGAGGUAUCGUUCUUCACGCUCAGUUGCGAAACACUUCCGACGAGUGGUAUCAUCAUUGUCAACGAUUUUGACUUGCAGCUUGAGUCGAUGGCAGUCAAAUUGAAUCUGGAAUACUUGCUCGGGCUGAGCAACCUUCUUUUCCAGUUCAUUCCAGGAAGCGAUGAAGCUUCGAUUCUACAGCAAGGUCUUGAAGCGAAGAACCAAAUGCUCGUACUGAACAUCCCGUUCCCUAGCGGCUCUGUCUCCGCUGGUAUGCUGUUGUAUUUCAAGCGCUGGUACAUGAGCAGGUUCGAAUUCGAUUUGGUGUUUGAUUCGUUGCAAGAAGACAAAGGCGAAGGUAUUUCCGCAGUGCUGGGCAAUACCAUGGGAAGUAUUGUCGGUGGAAUCGCGCACGUGACGCCCGUCUUUCACUUUGACGAGAUUGUCUACCGCAACCGCUUCUUUUACGAGUACGAUUUGGUCUACGAUGUUGUCCUCAAGAUCGUGUACUCUGUCAUCGGUCAGUGGUACAGAAUCGUCGGUAGUGUGGAGAUGUUAGGUGAUCCGGUCGGCCUCGCCACCGAUAUUGUGGAUGGAUUUGCGCUCGCUGCACGUCAGUUGAAGCGCGAUGUGAGGGGAAAAAGCCGCCGAAAGGGCGAAAGUGCCUUAACUGUCGUCCAAACUGUGUUUGGCGUACCCUUGAGAUCCAUUGGAAAGGUCUCAAACGGGCUUGGUGACGUAGUGAAGAAGGUUACGUAUUUCGAGAGUCAGGAGGACUCGAGUGAGCCUCGGCACAUCCCUGAUGGAUUUGUGCAGAGUGGCAAGGUUUUCGGGAAAAGCAUCGCGUACGGUGUGACGGGCUUUGUCAAGGAGCCCGUCCGAGGGGCCAAACGCGGGGGUGUCAAGGGUUUUGCAAAAGGCGUUGGUCGCGGAACGCUGCAACUCGUUGCGUGUCCCGUUGUUGGUACGCUUGGCGUCGUCGAAAAGAUGUCGCAGUCAGUGAGCAACACCACGCACCUGAUGGAUGAGAAGCACUACGAGGGCACUCGCCGACCCGCGAGAAAUCUCAUGACGGGAUCACUUAAGCAACUUUCCGACUCGAACGUGAUCACGGAGAUCGAGGUGCAUUGUUUGUAUGUCGACGGGUUGCCUGACAACGUGAAUUCGAAGGUGAUAGUCCGCGUCUAUUCUCAGACCGAUGGCUAUCCUGCGAAGGAGCUGGCUGAGUACAAAUCGUCUACUGCGCGGCACACAGGCACGCCCAAGUUUGACCAGUCGUGGCUGAUUGCUGUAUCGUCCCUUGACACGUUUUUCGAAAUCAACGUUUACCACAAGCGGAAACCGCUCCCAAAGAAGCGGCUGGGUUUCGUUCGGUUCUCCAUCGAGGACAUCUACCGCGACUUUGAGGCCGUUCCCGCGAAACUGUUGGCAGAUACGAAUGCCAAAACGCAGCUCAAGCGCCGGAAGCGCGUUCGCGGAAGUAUUAUCAGCAAGUUGGCUUCGGCAAGUGAGCAUCCCAUGGAGAUUCGUGACGAUUCGUGGCGCCAUCGGAUCAACCGUCCGCCGAAAUCGGGCGGCAGUAUCUUCUUGGAAGACGAGAACGAGGGCUUUGCAGACUACGAUCAGGAGGUGAGCAUCCUGAGCGCGAGCUCAAUUUGCCUCGACGGGCGGUUUCCACCCUCACCGGUUGGGAUUCCGCUGCAGGGGUGUCAAUCGGAGGCGAAGAUCUAUCUGAGCAUUCGCUACGUGAACGAUAUGCGGCGAUAUGCCUAA